AUGCUAAUACAAGAGCACAUAAAAAUAAUAGAAGAGGCACCGCAGCACAUACAGAGCAUCAUUUCAAAAAUAGACGAGCUAGAACACACUGUUUUGUCCCAUAAGAAAACCCUGAGCAGAGAAAUACGUCUGCUCAAUGAAACGCUAGAAGACAAGACCCUGGGGAAGGCAAAAGAAAAGGCGUCAAUUGAUAAGCAGCUGCAAACCAUAAACAUGUGCUAUUUAAACCUUCUCGACAUCGACAAAAAGAAGCUGUCUCUGGUGAGCUCGCUGCACUCUCAGCUGGAGGGCAUAAAGUCUCUUAUCAAAACGUCUUCGGCGGAGUUUAAGGAGGGAAUAGCAAAGAGCUCUCUCACUUUGAAGCUCAAGAAAAUAGUAUCUCUUCUAGACUACAAAAUCGAAGAAGACAACAACGAAGAAGAGAUCCUGUGCUGCACUUGCAAGCGGCCUAGCAAAGGGGAAAUGCUCGUGUGCGACAGCCCCGAGUGCCCGAUCGAGUGGUUCCAUGCAGCCUGCGUGGGGGUCAAGGGAGUCCCAAAAAAGAAGUGGCUGUGCAGUAUUUGUAGCAAAGAAUGA